UGCUAUUGUCAACAAACAGCAACACACGAAGAAGUUGGUCUGAUUGUGAAAGGACUUGCAGUGAGUGAUAAAUAGUGGUGUUAGAAUUAAGCUUUACUUUUCAGUACCUACCAGUUAUUUAGUUUAGAAGUGAAGACCCACAGCUCAUAUGAGCUCGAAGGGAGGCAGAAAUAAACGCGCCAAAAAUGCGCGCGAUUUGGAUACGCACGAUGCUCCUUCAUUAGAUCUAUCAAUCAUCGACAAACGUCUGAAUAUUAUACCUGUCGGACGACAAUUAGAGCGAACACCUCCAUCCAAAACUGAAAGAGUCUCAUAUCAACUAAAUAAACCGGAUGAUUCAGUAACAACACCAGGACAGGUGAUCAAAGACGAGCCACGUGCACAGGAAAUAGCUAAAGACAUUUCUUGCAAUGGAUCGAGUGAACAUCUGGAGCACCCUAAAGAAGACAGAAAGUCCAUCAAGAGGUCCAGUUCCACAGCUUCAUCAGCGACACCUGGGAAUGCAGACCCGGAAACCUUCAUCCAGGGAAUGCAGGGUUAUCAGUGGACAAACACAGACCUGGAGUUUGUCUAUCAAACCAAAUUGAAAAAACAAUUUCAGAAGCUUCAGCAAGAGUUAAGUGAUGUGCAGAAAUCUCUAAAGAGCACAAGACAAAUGCGGGACUUUGCCGUUGCUGCACAUGAAAAAAUCCAAGCAGAGCUUUCUAAGGUGUCGUCGUGUGAACGGGUGCAAGAAAUGACGAGGGAAAUACUCUUAAAGUCGCAGAGCUCCGUUCAGCUGGAGGGACUCGAUUCCAAAAGUCUACUAGCCAGACUUAAGAUCUGUGAUGUGCAGCACGCUACGUCUGAAGAGAGGACAAACAUCGAGAAGCUCAACGCAGAGGUGACAAAAGCACAAAUUGUGAGACAAAAACAUGGGGAACUUGCAAAAGAGGUUGAUGUAUGUAAAUCAAACGUCAACCAAAUCAAGGUAAACAUAAAUACACUGACAGCGGACAUUGCUGCUCUGGAGUCCCAGCUGGUUAAAAGGUCUGGUAAAGAGGAGGCGCUGACAUCAGCUAAACACCGCCAAAGAGGUCCUAAACCCCCUGCAACCACUUCUGCCCAAAAAGUCCACAAUGUACCCAAACCAACCGCUGCCCAAUCAUCCCCAACUCCCCCAAAACCCAAAGCCCUUACUGCUCGUUCUGCCCCAAAAGUUCACACUGUACCCAAACCAACCGCUGUCCAAUCAUCCCCAACUCCCCCAAAACCCAAAGCCCUUACUGCUCGUUCUGCCCCAAAAGUUCACACUGUACCCAAACCAACAGCUGUCCAAUCAUCCCCAACUCCCCCAAAACUCACAGCCCCUACUGCUCGUUCUGCCCCAAAAAUCCACAAUGUAACCAAACCAACCGCGGCCCAAUCAUCCCCAACUCCCCCAAAACUCACAGCCCCUACUGCUCGUUCUGCCCAAAAAGUCCACAAUGUAACCAAACCAACCACGGCCCAAUCAGCCCCAACUCCCCCAAAACCCACAGCCCCCACUGCUCGUUCUGUCCCAAAAAUUCACAAUGUACCCAAACCAACGGCUACCCAAUCAUCCUCAUCUCCCCCAAAACCCAAAGCCUCUACUGCUCGUUCUGCCCCAAAAGUUCAAACUGUACCCAAACCAACCGCUGUCCAAUCAGCCCCAACUCCCCCUAAACCAUCUAUUGCUGCCAAAGCUCCUGAUUAUCGUUGUUCCCCAAAACUUCACACUGUCUCCAAAUCAACCACUCCCCAAUCUGUCCCAAAAGCCACUACUGUCCCAAAACCCUCUAUUGGUGCCAAAGCUUCAAAAACUACUGCUUCAAAAGCCUCUCUAGCCCCGAAACCCAGCUCUGCCCCAAAGGUCAUGGAUGGUGAUGUCAACGGCCUCCGUCGGUCUAAAAGGAUCGCUUCUAAAAAAGAGAAGUGAGGGAUCUGCUUAGAAAAGUUUCUUUACCUCAUUUUGUUAUUGUUGACAAGGUUUCAUUUACUAUGUAAAGGUUGAUUUAGGGUCUCGGGGCUUUUUUGGAAAACUUGUUUUAACUUAGUAAGUGUAAAAUUAGAGGAGCCCGGUUUAUAGUUUUAGACUUUGUUUGCUGCCCUCUUGUGGAUAUUGUGUGAUAUUCACAAAUCGAAUGUAAGUUUUCCCAGCAGUUUUAAGAGAAUACAAUUAAAGCGUCUGUUUUGCAUGUUAUGUGAUGUGUUAUUUUUUCUUUUCCACUCACAUUUUAAAGAGUGUUUUGCUUUGCACCCUCGUGUAAUGGUUUACUUGUGGUCUCUU